ACAGGACGGCCGGGUCAGCCACUGCCUCCUCUGGAAGUGGAGCCCUGAGGCCACCUCGCAGGACAGCAGGUGGAACAGCUCUUCCGGACUUAGAGCCCAGACGGAUGCACAGAGCCCCGGACUAGCCCUGGGGGCAGGCACCUGCCUGCUCUGGAGCUUGGGGUCCCUCCUGAGGCAAGGCCCGUACCCUUGGCACUGCCUGUCCCUGUCAUGUCACACCCUCCUGCGGUUGGCAAGGGCCCUGAGCGCCAAGGCCUUUCCUGUGUCCCUCCUGCAGAGACUCCCUGGGGGCUGCCCGUGGUGGCUGACAGCCCGGCCUCCUUUGCACAUGAGGUGAUGGCACAGCUGGCCAGCCUGAAGCUGGAGCACAAGCCGUGGCCUGGAGGGACCCACUCUCUGCACUACCACUACCUGGCCCUGUCGGAGCCCGGCGCAGGCCUCCCCCGGUUUCUGGCUGUGGGAUAUGUGGAUGACCAGCCCUUCAUCCGCUACGACAGUCGCACUGGCAGGGCUGAGCCACAGGCCCCGUGGAUGGCGUCUGUGGACACCCAGUACUGGGAGACGGAGACCCAGAAGCAGAGGGGCUGGGAGAAGGUGCAGCAGGUGGAGAUGUGGACCGUGAUGGCCUACCACAACCACAGCGGCGGUGCGUGGCUGGCGCCCCCCGGCCUCCCCUUCCGGGAAACAGAGGCUGCUCGGCUGGGCCUUUCAGGGCUCGCAACCCGGGAUCCCAGCCCCUUCCCAGUGUCCUGCCACAGCCAAGCCCCAGGGGCUGCAGAACGCCUGAGGCCAGCCGUGAAGUCUCUGCAGAAGCUGGGCCCCGGAAGGGCAGAGGGGGCUCCCCGCCCCUCAGCUCCUCUGCAGGGCCGGAGGGAGGCCGAUGAGCCAGAUGGACAGUCAGGGCGGGAGGGGCCGGGAGGACCCGCUCUGGCUCCCCUCCUCAUCUCGGGCGUUCAGGCCCUGCUGGGUCCUGAUCCCAGUGACCUGCACGUGGAGCCGGGGCGGAGCGGAGAGCCGGCAGGCUCGUCUCUGCGGGUCUGCUACGCGGAGUACGACAAGGCCUACCUGCAGGGCCUCUGCCUGGCGUCGCUGCGCAGGUACCUGGAGCUGGGCGGCCGCAGCCUGGCCCGCACAGAGCCUCCCACAGUGCAGGUGACAAAGCACCAGGCCCCUGACGGCGAAGUCACACUGAAGUGCUGGGCCCUGGGCUUCUACCCCCGGGCCAUCUCGCUGAGCUGGUGGCUGGGCGGGCAGGAGCUGGCUCUGGAAACCGAGCACGUGGAGACGCGCCCCAGUGGGGACGGCACCUACCAGACAUGGGCGGCAGUGCGGGUGCCGGCGGGGGAGGAGGCCGCCUACGCCUGCCACGUGCAACACGCCAGCCUCAACCACACACUCGCCGUGGCCUGGGAAUCGCCCUCUGGCCACGGAGCCCUUGCCGGUGCUGUGGCCGCCGUCCUGGCCGCGGUGCUCCUGGUGGCCGGUGCUGUGAUGCUGAAGAAGCACCUUCCCGAGCUGAGAAAGCUUAUGAGCAAGCCCCAGGUGUGGAGGACCCCCGUGAGUCUGAAAGCCCAGCGUGACCAGGGGCUGCUCAGUGUCUCUGCUCACAGCCGUUGUCUGCACCUGCUGUUCUGUGGGUGCCCACUCUGCUCUGUGGGCGCUCGCUCUGCUCUGUGGGCGCCCGCUCUGCUCUGCGGUGCUGGCCAGCUCUAGGCCACGCACUGUUGCUCGGUUCCAGAAUCGCAGACGGGUGACAACUGAGGGUUACUCAGCUCAUCUGGAGGUCCAGGUCAUGGUGAGGGUCUUCCUGUUAGCGGAGCCCCCUGCAGAGGCCCGAGGGCGCAGGCAUUGUGGCCAGAGCUUGAGCCAGUGCAGUGUGUAUGGCGCCCCCAUGCCCCUCUGUAUGAAAACAGUAGGGUUAAACCAUGGGGACCCCACUAACCCUAGUCUCUGCUCAGAGGCCCCACCCUUCGACAAGAGUCAAAUUAAGUUUUUACCCUCUUAAUUCUGUUACAAUCAAACUUCAACCCAUGAAUCUGGGGGGGCCCUCAGUGAGGUUCACUUUUCCCUCUAGAGAAAGGCUGGGGUGGAGACACUGCUGGGUCCGAGUGCAGCUCGUGCCCUGGUCACCUCCUCCCCAGUACUGUCCCAGCAGGCAGGGCGGGGGUCAGGGUCCCAUGGCCAACGCUGCCACUUACUGUGUGAGCCCGGGCAGGGCUCCACCUCUGAACUGCGCUUCCCCCAGGCUCGUUCUGAUUAAAGACGUUGUGUGAGGGGGCCAGCAGGUGGCGUGGUGGGUAAGGGUGCUGGACCCCACGUGGCCAGCCGUGGUUUGAGUCCCAGACCUGGCAGCUUGCGCUCUCACUUCCCCUCUCUCUUUCUCACCUUGUCCCUCUCUGGUCAAAU